GACUUUGUUAGUGCUCUUCUCUCCAUUUGCUGUAUGAUAUUCCUUGGCUUCUCAGAUGAUGUUCUUAACUUGCCGUGGAGAUACAAACUAACUCUUCCUAUGAUGGCAUCAUUGCCUCUCCUCAUGGCAUACUUGGUGAACAUUGGCUUAACUGUGAUUAUUGUACCCAAGCCAUUACAACUGUUUCUUGGAUUUUCACUUGAUCUUGGCUUGUUGUAUUAUGUUUACAUGGGAAUGUUGGCUGUAUUCUGUACAAAUGCCAUAAAUAUACUUGCUGGUAUAAAUGGAGUAGAAGCUGGACAAUCACUAAUCAUUGCUGUAUCUAUUGCAGCAUUUAAUGUUUUUGAGUUGAGUGGAGACUAUGGAUCACUUCAUCUUUUCUCACUGUACAUCAUCUUGCCAUUCAUCGGUGUCACUGCGGCACUAUUGUACCACAAUUGGUACCCAUCUGCAGUUUUUGUUGGAGAUACUUUCUGUUACUUUGCUGGAAUGACAUUUGCUGUUGUUGGUAUUUUGGGGCACUUCAGUAAGACUGUGUUGCUCUUCUUUAUCCCUCAGAUCAUCAACUUCGUCUACUCUGUCCCUCAACUUUUCAGAUUCAUUUCAUGUCCAAGACAUCGUUUGCCUAAAUAUGACCCUGCAACUGAUAAACUGGGUAUGAGUUAUGCUCAUUUCAAGAAGUCAGAUGUUGGUCAAGGUGGUCAGAUCAUUAUCAAGAUUCUCAGUUUGCUUCAUUUGGCAACUGUACAGAAUGACCUUGGGGAAGAUGGUCAGGAGAUGAGAAUAAACAACCUCACUCUAAUAAAUCUGAUAAUCAAGCUGUGUGGCCCAAUGAAGGAAAACAAGUUGACAAUUGUGGUUCUGUGUAUUCAGAUAUUCGGAAGUAUUGUUGCUUUCAUCAUCCGCUACAAGCUAUCCCUUGUUUUCUACGACAGCUAAUGCAUUGAACAGAUUCCAACACUCCAUGUCACUGUAAUGGCUUGGUUUAUGACUUUUUCAUAUUUUCUCUUU